AUGGACCAAGCAUUCUGUGAAGGAUACGGGGUUGCCAAAGGACAUAUCCAUGAUUCGAUCCAAUCUCCGGACGCUGCUGACGCUGUUAUGGUGCUGAAGUUCACAGUCGAUUGCACCUUCACCAUCAAGACCAGCCGUCUCAAUUUGAGGCGAAGUGCAUACAUCCACAUGUUCAAGAACGACAACAACCUUGAGGACCUAAAUGCUCCUCCACCAGAGUCAUGUGGCAAAAGAAGGUGGCAAAACAUCACCACCGGCAACCCAAGGAGGCGAAGGCCCAACAAGGCCUUUUCCCUCACCGUCGAUUAG